CGUGAUUACCAUGAUGUCUCGCUUGCCUCCCCUCUCUGCCGCCGGUCGAGGCGGCCACUCCAUCCGCGCGGGAACCUACGAGGACGUUUCGCAGCACAUGCCCGGAAGCUACGCCGCCAUUACCCCUGUCGCUUCCGCCAACCGCCGCCCACUGAGUGGUAGUAGCGCCAGCGGUGCACCUGGGGCGGGGGGCGGAGCGGCGGCGGGAGGGGGCUUCAACUCCCCGCCGCUGAAGCCGCUCGCUAGCGUGAAGCUGCGGCGGGGGACCAAUGAGGACGCGUCGCAGCUCAUGCCGGAGAUUUACCGCGUCGGUGCUGCGGGAGCGGGAACUGCGAGUGAGAUGGCGAGCGAGCUCGACUCUGUAUCGAAUGGGUUCAGUUUUAUCACACUCACCUCGGACGCGGGCGACUCGGCGCGCACUGCGUGGAUGAGCCCCGCAGCGAAUCUCGCGGGAGCCGCGGGGAGCGGGGCGUUGCAGAGGGAAUGCGCGGAUGUGUUCAAGGGCCAGCUGCUGGGGUGCAACAUGGCCAUCAAGCGCCUGGAGGGCGGUGGGUGGCAGGGCCCCAGCGAGUACAGCACGGAGGUGGAGGUGCUCAGCCGCAUGCGCCACCCGCACAUCGUGCUGCUCAUGGGGCACUGCCCCGACCCCCAGGCCAUGUGCAUUCUCUAUGAGUACCUCCCGGGCGGCAGCCUGCAGGAGUAUUUGUCUGCUACCGGCUCGGUUGCUGGUUCAGGGGCAGGUUCGGCAGGAGCUGUUCAGGUGCAUCGUGUCCUGCGCCAGCCCUUGGCUUGGUACGACAGGGUACGAAUACUCUCUGAAGUUUCAGGCGCCCUGCUCUACCUCCACCAGCACUCACCGCCCAUCGUGCACCGAGACUUGAAACCCGACAAUGUGUUACUCGAUGGUAACCGCAUGAGCAAGCUUGGGGAUGUGGGGCUGGCGAGGCUAAUUGCUGAAGAUGAUUACAAUGUAACCGCGCGCGUGCAAGGGACAGUGGGGUAUAUAGACCCUGAAGAGGUGGCAACGUGUGAAAUCUCGGUUUUAUCUGAUGUUUACGCGUUCGGGCUGAUAGUGCUUCAGCUGCUGAUGGGGGAGCCUCAAGUGAAGUUGGUUCACCGCCUGCUGGCGGAUACAGCAGUAAAGCUAGCUGCAGAUCAGAGUAGACGAGGGAGGGCGGGAGGAAACACGGGUUUGGCAAGUGGAUGUGGAAAUGGCAACAGUAGCAGUCAUGGGGUUGGAGAGGGAGCAUCAUCCUCAGAGCCUCGGUUGUCUGCAGUGGAUGCUGUUUUGGCACGGCUGGAUAAGUCCGGCGGGGAGUGGCAUGCUGACGUUGCACGCCACCUGGCUGUGAUUGGAGUGCGGUGCGCUGACAGGGCAAGGGCGCGGAGGCCAGGAUUGGAAGAGGAGGUGCAGCCGGUGCUGAUGAGACUAGCGGAGGAAGUGCGAGGGGAGGGGGAGAGGGGAAGGACGGAUGUGGACAGCCAGCUGCUCUGCCCCAUCUCUCAGAGGCGCAUGAUGGACCCUGUGGUGGCAGCUGACGGGUACACAUAUGAGCGUUACGCGAUCGAGCAGUGGUUGGAGUGCAAGGACACAUCACCUACAACGGGAAUGCCCUUCCCACAUAGAUUUCUCACCCCCAACAACACUUUACGUAUUCUGCUUGCAUCUCAGUGAUUAAAGCUUGACAAAUAUAGCAAAUGGCUUGUU